CUCCUGCGUCAUCGCGACCUUCGCGUUUUUGGCGGCUCGUCGGCGGCUUCCGUAGUUUCUGCAGCGUGGCGCAGCUGCGAGAAUAAAUAAAACCAUAAACCCAUAAAACCUUCUAAAGUUCUGCAGCCGGAGGCCCGAACUGGAUAGGAAACAUGAGCCGAAACUACAACGACGAGCUGCAGUUUCUGGACAAACUGUCCAGCAACUGCUGGAGGAUUAAAAAGGGUUUUGUUCCCAACAUGCAGGUGGAGGGAAUCUUCUACGUCAACGAUCCCCUGGAGAAGCUGAUGUUUGAGGAGCUGAGGAACGCCUGUCGAGGAGGAGGUGUGGGAGGUUUCCUGCCGGCGAUGAAGCAGAUCGGCAACGUGGCGGCGCUGCCCGGCAUCGUGCACAGGUCCAUCGGUCUGCCCGACGUCCACUCCGGGUACGGGUUCGCCAUCGGGAACAUGGCCGCCUUCGACAUGAACGACCCCAACGCCGUCGUGUCUCCGGGCGGCGUGGGCUUCGACAUCAACUGCGGCGUCCGUCUCCUGAGGACCAACCUGGACGAGCGGGACGUCCAGCCGGUGAAGGAGCAGCUGGCCCAGUCGCUGUUCGACCACAUCCCGGUGGGGGUCGGGUCCAAGGGGGUGAUCCCCAUGGGGGCCAGGGACCUGGAGGAGGCCCUGGAGAUGGGCGUGGACUGGUCCCUGAGAGAAGGCUACGCCUGGGCCGAGGACAAGGAGCAUUGUGAGGAAUAUGGACGGAUGCUGCAGGCCGACCCCAACAAGGUGUCGUCCAAGGCCAAGAAAAGAGGCCUGCCCCAGCUAGGAACCCUGGGAGCCGGGAACCACUACUGCGAGAUCCAGGUGGUGGACGAGAUCUACAACGACUACGCCGCCAAGAAGAUGGGGAUCGACCACAAGGGCCAGGUGUGCGUGAUGAUCCACAGCGGCAGCCGCGGGCUGGGCCACCAGGUGGCUACAGACGCGCUGGUUGCCAUGGAGAAGGCCAUGAAGCGGGACAAGAUCACGGUCAACGACCGGCAGCUAGCUUGCGCUCGCAUCACGUCCCAGGAGGGGCAGGACUACCUGAAGGGCAUGGCGGCCGCCGGGAACUACGCCUGGGUCAACCGCUCGUCCAUGACCUUCCUCACCAGACAGGCCUUCUCCAAGGUGUUCGGUACCACCCCGGACGACCUGGACAUGCACGUGAUCUACGACGUUUCCCACAACAUCGCUAAGGUGGAGGAACACAUCGUGGACGGGAAGCAGCGGCAGCUGCUGGUUCACAGGAAAGGUUCUACCCGGGCCUUUCCCCCCCACCACCCGCUCAUCCCCGUAGACUACCAGCUCACGGGUCAGCCGGUGCUGAUCGGGGGGACGAUGGGAACCUGCAGCUACGUCCUCACGGGGACGGACCAGGGGAUGACGGAGACGUUUGGAACCACCUGCCACGGAGCGGGCCGGGCUCUCUCCAGGGCGAAGUCCCGCAGGAACUUGGACUUCCAGGACGUUUUGGACAAACUGGCAGAUCAAGGAAUCGCUAUCAGGGUGGCGUCUCCAAAACUGGUGAUGGAGGAGGCCCCGGAGUCGUACAAGAACGUGACGGACGUCGUCAACACGUGUCACGCUGCCGGAAUCAGCAAGAAAGCCAUAAAGCUGAGACCCAUCGCCGUCAUCAAGGGAUGAGACGGACGGGUCGGUACGGGACCGGGACCUGAGUGGACCGGAGAGGACCAGACCUGGACCUGGACCGGGACCCGGACGGGUCACGCUGGACCCGGAGCGACCGGACUGACCGGACCAGGACCGGAAACCGGAGGACGGAUUAGUUUAUUAUUUAAUGAAGAUGAAAGUUUCAGUUGUUUGUGAUUAAAAGGGAUGAACUG